CUGCUGAAGCCGCUCGAGGUUCGUCCGCUCAAGGAGGAGUUCGCCAUGUUCGACACCCUCAACGGAGGCGCCAUCAGCGUGGCCGACGCGCGUCGCGUGGUGCUCGAGUGGCGGGACCGAAUGGGGCUGACCACGAGCGUGGAGUUCAUCGUGGACAAACUUCGGUCCCUCAGCGACCACCCGGACGAUGGACGAAUUGUGGACGUUGACCGCUUCGUGACCUGGGAGAACUUCAUGUGCGCGCUCGCCCUGCCCGUGAUCGCUGCCCGACCCAACACCUGGGGCGGCCCGGACUACUUGGCCUUCCUCGAAGACGUCCACGCGUCCCUGCUGGGUCCUCUCCGCUUCAAGCUCGAGCCCGACGAAGACGCCCUGCCCCGAAGCCCGACCCCGCCCUCCUCGCAACAUACGUCUUCGUCCUCGGCACCCAGCACCGCCGACGCCGGCGUUGAGUGACAGCUCAAGCCGCCGCCGCCGCCGUCACCGCCGCCGAACUGCUGCCGGCAACACGGGCAUGCCCUGACACAUAUGUCCUCCCCCCCACUCCCCUCCGGAAUUCUUUUUUCUCUUCGGGGCUCAAAAUUU